GAUCAUGUUCGGUUUUCUGGUGAAAAUUGGAUGUUCCGGAAGAAAAAAAUACUGUAUUUAUUAUGCCUCAUUAUCUAAUUUUUCUGUUUAGUUAUAUAUUAACAAUCAAAUCAGGUUUAAGUGAUAAAAUUACGUAUACAUUUCCAGAAUUUCCAUAUAAAGAGACGAAUAAAAAUGAAGCCACCUUCAGGGAAGUAGAAGCUGCAUGUGAAAAGGGCUGUCUAGGAAAAAGUGGUUUGCCAAAAGUGACAUGUAUCAGACAAUGCGUCUCGCCUUCUUGUUACAGAGAUUUAUAUCAGCAAGACUUAUUGGAAGAGGGAGAAGUAGAUGUAAGACUCAAUUCAUUCAAAGGAUGUUUUAUUCAAAGAUACAACAAGUCCCGCCUGUAAACUGGCCAUCCACGUCGACUCUGUUAGUUCAACAAUAACUCAUGAAUUACACCUAGACUAAUAAUUAAUAAAUAUAUUUAUUAUUCGGAAUUACAAUGGAAAACAUCUUUCACUUUUAGAAUUAGUUAAAAACAGCGGAUUAGAUUUCAAGAUAUAUGCGCAAGAAACGCCAAACAUAUUUUUUUAAGUAUAACAUCCGGAAUUUAAAAAAUAAUAAUACAAAGUAUUAUUUCCCUGUAACAGUGAGUUCCAAAAAUAAAUUAUAGAUAUUUUCUCAUAAUCUCAUAUUUACAUCAUAUUUUACAACCUAACCAAAUUUCUGUAUCUCUAUAUAGUUUAAAAAGUGGUCAAAAUGCAAAAAGAAUCUUUGGUAGUCACUGUCACUACGAAAAUAAUUAAAAAUCUCAAAGCCACAGUUAGAAAAAUAAUACACAAAAAAUAUAAACACAUUUGUAAAUGCAAUGAUGUACAAAUAAAAAUAAUAUCAAUAAAAAAAACAACCGCAUCCGACCUUAACGUAUAACGCAUAACCAUUUUCAACAUACCACCGUACCUUGUACUGGUAUUAAUAAAAAAUCAACUAACUAUAUACUAAAAUCUUUACAUAUCACAAUUAAAUAAUCAUUUUCGACUAUAGAGAAACUAUAUACAGUUGUAACUGAAAUGUUUAACAAGUGAGUUCGCUACUGUUGCCGAUAUACAGGGUGUCCCACUUAAGAUAGAUACAAGCCAUUAUCUUGGUUGUUUGUUGAGCGAUCUUUUUCAUUUUUGGCAGGAGGCUGUAUGGCUAUAGGGUA